UAAAACGACUUGUGGCAGCUUUUCCUGGGCCGAAAGAAAAAGCAGAGCGUUAUACAUAAAUUGCCACAAAACCCCGUUUUACCGAUCCCUCAUUCAAUACUGAAGCUUACGCGAAUCCUUUUUUUUUUUUUUUGUGGUUAUCGAAAACGAAGGAGCAAAGAGAAGCAAAAAGCGAAGAAAUUAAGCAAAUUUUUUUCAUUUUUUUUUUUUUUGAUAACAAUUUUUUUCAUUUUGAUUAACGAAGCCAAUCGAUAAUCGCUUGGAGAAUGACAGAGGAUAGUAGCAUUAGGGUUUCUUCCGGUGAAGCCUCUGUGGCGAACGAUGCUUCGCAAACAAGGCAGAGAAAGAAGAGAAAGUGGGAUCAACCGGCAGAGUCCUUGGUACCAGUUGGGAUGUCAGUCCCUGGAGUCCUUCCACUGAGCAAUGCUUUGCCCCUUGCCGGUAUUUCGUUUCCGGGUGUGACUCCUAUGAUCUCCGGUGUUCUUUUGACGAAUCCAUUGGCAGCUUCAGUUCAGCAACACACUGCUGCUGCUGCCCAAAAUUCAAGUCAACCGAAGAUCCAAGAUGAAUUAAUAAUUGCUCGAGAAAUUGUCAUAAAUGAUGCAGAGUCUUCUGUUCGUUACAAGUUGACAAAACGCCAGACACAAGAGGAGAUCCAGAAGUGCACUGGUGCUAUAGUUAUAACUAGGGGGAAGUAUCGACCGCCUAAUGCACCGCUUGAUGGAGAGAAGCCGCUUUAUCUUCACAUCUCUGCAGGAGCUCAUAUAAAAGAGACAGCAGAACGGAUUCUAGCUGUUGAUCGUGCUGCUGCGAUGAUUGAAGAAAUGCUGAGACAGGGACAAAAUUCACAUGCAAUUUCUUCUGCUUCACCUUCAGCUUUGGCUAAUGGACUGAAGGCGCUGAGCACAUGUGUGUUUUUGGGCUUUGAUGCUGACCCAUCAUUGAACAUUGUUGCUCGUAUACGUGGACCAAAUGACCAGUAUAUAAAUCACAUUAUGAAUGAAACAGGAGCAACAGUUAUACUGAGAGGACAUGGUUCUGGAAACAAUGAAUGCUCGAACGGAGAAGAUGGACAGCAGCCCCUGCAUAUUUUUUUGUCUAGUAACAAUGCAAAAAGUCUUGAAGAUGCUAAGUGUUUGGCUGAAAAUCUUUUGGAUACAAUCAGUGUGGAGUGCGGUGCUUUGAGGGUUUCAUCAUGUAAGGUUUAUAGUGCUGUUCCACCUCCACAGCAGGUAUAUGGUGCUGUUCCACCUACCCAGCAGGUAUAUAGUGCGGUUCCACCACCCCAGCAGGUUUAUAGUGGCCCCUCAUUGUUAAAUCAGAUUCCUACUGCCAUUUCACCCCUGCAACAAGUUUAUAGCGCCGUUCCACCUCCACAGCAGUUGUUGACUGGAGUUCAGAGGUCUGGAAUUGAGCUAGAGGCUAGUACAGGCCUAACCACUAGUUCGAUGUCAUCAACUGUGGUCUCGACACCAGUUCCUCCAGCUUCCUUGGUUGGAGUGCCUGGGGUCACCAGUGCCCUCACAUCAGGGACUACACCACAAUCUGCAGGAUAUUUAAGCUCUGGACUUCCAGCAAACAUGAUUAAUUAUACUCCCCCUUCAGUAUCAGGUGGGACUAGCUAUAUUGGAUAUGGUGGAAUAUAUCCUCAAGCCACCCCUUUGCAACAAGUUGCCCUUGCCCUAAGACACUCGCCUCCUGUUGCUUCAACAGUUGCUCCCACAACAUCAGCAUCAAACAAAGAAUCCAAGUCAACCACAAGCUCUCGUCUUGAAAAGGAGAAACGGACGCCUCAGAAGCGGAAGUUUCAAGAAUUACCAGUUGGUUUGAAGGGCACAAAAAAACUCAAUCAGGUAUUUUCUCUGACCUUCCAUGAAGCUAGUUGGCUGACACUGAACCUGUUUGUUGGGCCGUUGGUUUGUAUGUUUGGCAGGGCUUUCAGUUUUGGAGAAGUUAAGAGGGUGCUUGUGGCUGCACAGCAUUUUCCCUUGCCAAUCCAAGAUGUUAUUUUGAUUGUUUUUUUCUUCAUUGGUAAAAUUGUUGCCAAAGAUGUUGGCAUAUAUGGACUGCCAAUAUCCUGAAGAAAAUGGUUUACCAGUACCAAAUUGAUACAGUCUCUUGUAGUGAAAAAGACAAUUAGAGAUAGGAGAGAAUAUAAGAGUAGAGAAUGAGAUAUCAUCGUAAGGUAUAAUAAGAAAAGGAAUAAGAUUAAAAAUGUGAGUGAAAGUACGUGAAGCUCUUUCAUUCUCUUGGUUAUCCAUUGAAUAGACACUCUUAAAUAUCAAAUUUUUAGAAAACCCUGGCAUUGUGGACCUUAUCCUAAAGGAGGUUAUAAGAUACCAUCUCACUUAAACUUCUUGCCUUUGUCUUAGGCCAAUGUGAAAUCUUGGUAGACGUAGUCCUGUGCCCCUUGAAAUGAUUCAUAAAAAAAAACUCAGUUUUGUGUGCAAUCAAUAAACCUAUCACUUACCAAAAACUCAGUUCUUGUUUACUACCAAUAAACCCAUCGCUAACCAAAAAAUUCGGUUUUGUGUGCAAGACUUGUUAAUCUUGAUAUUUGACAUCAAUGCUACAUUUGGUACUGGUGCUCAAACCCAUCAGGAAAAUUCGAGCUGCUGUUGUACUGUUAUCUUGCCAAUCACACUAUCUAUUGGAAGCAUGGGUUACCACUACAAAUUCCUCUGCACCUUCCAUUUUAUUUAUGUUAAAUCAUCCGUUUACACAACCGGCAGUCUACAAAUUUUCUGUACUUUUCUGCUGUUAUCAUUAAUGUGACACUAGGUCAUGUUUUGAAUGGUACUCUACUAUCAAGUCAUUGCUUGUUCAUCCUACCUUAUAUUGUUUUACCUUGUUUUCUGCAUUUGCUUUUCUCUGCAGUUGAGAAUCUUGAUUGACUUGUAGUUUUUUGUGUUGGAACAAUUAGUAAAAUAUCUGAUUCAGAAGUUGUGUUUGGAUUUUUGUUUUCUCCCACUCUAACUCAAUUGCAGGGAUUGGAACAUCUAAAACCUAAUGAACAAUCUGAUGAUCUGGUUGUGAGGAAUGUAUCGAAUAUGCCUGCUCCUAAGAGGUUGAUGCUGCCAUUAUCCAAUGGGAUGCCACCACCUCCACCAAUAACC